AUGACACACAGAAGCAGUCUUCUCUCGUGGAGUGUCAUGCUUGGAACAUACUGCCGCAGUAAUCAAACUGAUCGAGCAAUCUCUCUUUUCAAUCUCAUGCCCAGGCAUGACACAGCCUUGUGUAAUUUGCUUCUUUCCGCAAUUGCCCAGACGGGGGAUUUUGUCAAAAGCAAAGAGUUCUUUGAGAGCAUGGCAUCGCGGGAUGUCAUCUCUUGGACAGCAAUGGCACAAGCUCUUUCAAACAUGAACGAGAUCUUUCUGGCAACUCUUGUGUUCGAAAGAAUGCCCGAAUGGAACAUUGUCGCCUGGAACUUGAUCACGGCAGCUCUUGUUCAAAACGGGGAAUUCGAAAAGUCGAAACAAAUGUUUGAUAGGAUGCCCAGGAGGAAUGUUGUAAGCUGGACAGCAAUGGCGUCGGCCUCAGGAAUCGAUUAUCACUGCGAGUUUUGCCAGAAAAUGCCCAUGCACGACACCAUUGCGUACAACUCAAUGAUUGCAGCAAUGGGUUCGGGUGGCCAACUGUGCGAAGCUGAGAAAAUCUUUGAGAAAAUGCCAGAGAGAAAUAUCAUCAGCUGGAACUCAAUGCUUUCUUGUUAUACCCAAGCUCGGUAUCUGUGUAGAGCUAAAUGCCUCUUUGACAAGAUGCCAAGAACAAACGAGAUCUCCUGGACUUCAAUUCUCCAGGCAUUUGAAAAGAGCGGAGAUAUUGACCAGGUAAAAGCUCUAUUUGAUGAAGCGCCCAUGAGAGAUCUUCGUUUCUUCACCACGGUCAUUGCAGCAUAUGCCUUCAAAGGGCACCUUUUAUAUGCGAAGAAGACAUUUGACUUGAUGCCAUCUCACGACGGAUUUGCACUCACUGCUGUCAUCGUCGCUACGGCGCAGUCGGGUCAACCGGUUGACACAAAGUCAAUGUUUGACCGCUUAGUUUGCAGGAGCUGCGUAGCCUGGACGGCCUUGAUUCAUGGUUAUGCCCGUUUCGGGCAUCUUCGUGACGCUGAAGACACGUUCCAACGAAUGCCAUUGCGGGAUCUACACUCGUGGAGCCUGAUGAUCGUGUCAUACGAGCGGAACGAGAAGCUGGAGGAGGCACGGAGAGCUUUUGGCGAGAUGCCCGAGCACGAUGAAGUGUCUUGGAACACCAUGCUGGCAGCGAGUUUUAGGAUUGGCGAUACCGUCGAUUGUUUGGAAAAGCUUGUUGCGAGCAUGCCAAAGUUUCUGUCAGGGUGCUGGGUUCUCAUAGCUGCCUGGUCCAAGCACGGCCAGACGGAGAAUGCAAAGAAGAUCUUUGAUGACAACCUCGCAAGAGGUGAGAUCGAUGGCUACUGUUGGAAUGCAAUGCUUGGAGCUUAUGUCCAGAAUGGACAGGGUUUGGAAGCCAUAGAGAUAUUCCGAGAGAUGGUUUGCCAUGGUGCGAAGCCAGACGAGGCAUCGUUUCUGAAUCUCUUCACGGCGUGUAGUCAAGCUGGGUUGCUAGAGGAGAGUCGGGACAAUUUCGUGUCGAUGCUGCAGGACCAUAUGAUGAAACCAACGAGGGAGCAUUUCGGAGUGAUGAUGGAUUCAUUGGCGAGGAAUGGCAGGCUCGAGGAAGCCAAAGAAGUGGCCGAGGACAUGCCUUUCAAGCCCGACAGCGUGACGUGCAGAAUUCUGCUGGGUGGCUGCAAGCUACACAGAGAUGAGGGGCUCGCAAAGGCAGCUGGAGAGAGCGCCAUUAGAUCCGCAGCUCAAGAGAAGUCGUCAGCAAAUUACGUGAUCCUUUCCAGCGUGGUACGCAGCCAUGGAGAAGAAAGUGAGCAUCGAAUAGCAAAUGGGAUGAUCACUGGGUGGAGCUACGAGGAUGCAGUGGCGGCCGUGGUGGGCAAUAACAAGUAUGAGCCCGUCGCUCCCUAG